UCGAACGCAUCUUUUGGCUGCUCGACGCUCGCUUAACUGUGUCUGAAAGGAGUGGGACUGGUAGAUCAGCGCUAGUAAUGUAGCACCAGUCCCGUAAUCUCAAUAGAAAAGAUUUUUCUACGACAGUAAAGAAACAGUGUAGCAUUCUCUUCCUGUCGUUGUCAAACAUCGGAACUGAAUUGGAUACUUCUGUGCAACAGUGGAGUAUUUGGAACCUCAGCGGGAAGCUUUUUUCUGGAACCCAACUGGUAACAAAAUAACAGCCACAAAAAGACUGGGACACAUACUACUCACUCACUGACAAUAAAACCUCACACUCCCGACAAGUGGACUGUUGUGAGAACUGGUAGGACGAGGGACCGGGAAAGUGAGACGUUAUUUGACUUGUGGGCGCACAUUUUCAACCGAGCAUUUUUGAUAUCUCGUUUUCCUUAUCGUUUCCUCUUAAAACUUAAAACUCAGGAAACAAUGAACACUUAACUCCUCAAGUGUCUCGUCAGCUAGCCUGGCUAGCGCUUUCUAAGAGUGUGUUCUGCUAAGUUAGCUUAGCAGGCUACGUUAGCUAGGCAGCUAGCUAAACGUGUUGUUUUCCAAGAAAGUUUCUGGCGCUGUUUCCCUGACCCGUAAACACACAGAACGCCGAUCGGACCAGAGGGGAAGGGCGGGCCCCCUUCUUGAGGUCUCUUUCUUUGCCGUUUUUUCCCUAAUAUGAUGGCUGCAGAGAUCACUGGAGAGGAGACUGGGUCGGUAUCAUCGGGGACGGGGGUUACAGACAGCGGAGGCCCCGAGACGACCCAGUUUCCCUUCUACCCUAAGCAAAACCGAGUGCGGGUUAGUGAUUUGUGCCAGGGGCCAACUCAAAGCCCUCGCCACCCUUCCAACCUCUCCCCUGACAGCCCUCCUGACAUGAUUUACCCGACCGCUGCAGGUAUAACUGGAUCGGCAUUGUCCGCUGGAGGGAGUGGCGGCGGUGGCGGACACGUUUAUAUUCAUGGAUCAAGCUCAGGGACCGGUGGCAGCGUGUGCUACUCCCCUUCCUCGGAAGGACCUGAUAGCCGUAUGUCACCUACUUCAGCAAGUCUGGACGGGUCCACAGUCUUCCCUCCAUUACCCCCGCCACCACCACCUCCACCAGGCUACGGGGCAUACGGGAGUGUGGAUGAGGGUGACUUGCAGGAUGGUCCGGAGUAUGAGGAAGAGGAGGUUGUUUUUCCUCUGUCUGCACCACCCUCAAACCAGUGGUACCAUGGCAAGCUGGACCGCACGAUUGCGGAGGAGCGACUGCGCCAGGCCCGCACGCCAGGCAGCUACCUCAUCCGGGAGAGCGACCGGCGGCCUGGCUCCUUUGUGUUGUCCUUUCUCAGCAUGACCAACGUGGUCAACCACUUCAGGAUCAUUGCGAUGUGCGGCGACUAUUAUAUCGGCGGGCGGCGGUUCUCGUCUCUCUCAGACCUUAUCGGCUACUACAGCUACGUGUCCUGCCUACUGAAAGGGGAAAAGCUGCUAUCGCCGGUGGCCCCUCCAGAGCCCGUGGAAGACAGGAGAAGAGUGAGGGCCAUCCUCCCGUACACCAAAGUGCCAGACACCGAUGAGAUCAGUUUCCUGAAGGAGGACAUGUUUAUCGUUCACAAUGAACUGGAUGACGGCUGGAUGUGGGUGACCAAUGUGCGCACCGAAGAGCAGGGUCUGAUUGUGGACGACCUGGUGGAGGAGGUGGGACGUGAAGAGGAUCCUCACGAGGGGAAAAUCUGGUAUCAUGGGAAGAUCAGCAAACAAGAGGCCUACAACUUGCUAAUGACAGUGGGACAAGUGAGCAGUUUCCUUGUGAGACCGUCGGACAACACGCCAGGGGACUACUCCCUCUUCUUUCGCACCAAUGAGAACAUCCAAAGGUUUAAGAUCAGCCCCACUCCCAACAACCAGUACAUGAUGGGAGGGAGGUACUACAACAGCGUGGAUGAUAUCAUGGACCACUAUAAGAAGGAGCAGAUCGUGGAGGGCUACACCCUGAGGGAUCCAGUGUCGGUGCAGCACCAAGAACAAGUCCUCUCUGACCUGGUGGACGGCAGGGAGAUUUAUAACACUAUUCGACGGAAAACAAAAGACGCUUUCUACAAAAACAUUGUCAAGAAAGGAUACCUUCUGUUCAACAAAGGGAAAGGCAAGCGCUGGAAAAACCUCUACUUCAUCCUGGAGGGGAACGACGCUCAGCUCAUUUACUUUGAGAGCGAGAAGCGAGCCACCAAGCCCAAGGGGCUGAUCGACCUCAGUGUGUGCUCCGUCUAUGGCGUCCACGACAGUCUGUUUGGCAGGCCAAACUGUUUCCAGAUUGUGGUUCAGCACUUUAGCGAGGAGCAGUACAUUUUCUACUUUGCAGGAGACACUCCAGAACAGGCACAGGACUGGAUGAAAUGCUUACAGACGUUCUGUAGUAACCUUAGGAAACCGACACAGUCCACCUCCAACAAGAGACUUCGCCAGGUCAGCAGCCUGAUGCUGUAUGUGGAGGAGGCCCAUAAGCUCCCCAUCAAACACUUCACCAACCCCUACUGCAACAUCUACCUGAACAGCGUCCAGGUGGCCAAGACGCACCACCGUGAGGGCCAGAACCCCGUCUUCACUGAGGAGUUCAUCUUCGAUGAUCUGUCAAGUGAAAUCAACAGGUUUGAGAUCAGCCUGAGCAACAAAACCAAGAAAAGCAAGGAGAGUGAUAUAUUGUUCAUGCGGUGUCAGCUAAACCGGUUGCAGCGGGGCCAGAUGAUCGACGAGUGGUUCCCACUGAGCUCCCACAUCCCGCUGAAGGGCAUCGAGCCGGGCUCGCUUCGCGUGCGCGCCCGCUACUCCAUGGAGAAGAUCAUGCCCGAGGAGGAGUACAGCGAGUUCAAAGAGCUCAUCCUGCAAAAGGACUUCCACGUGAUCUACGCGCUGGCUCACGUCUGUGGGCAGGACCGGAGCCUACUGGCCAGCAUCCUGCUGCGCAUCUUCAGGCACGAACGGGCAGAGGCACCCCUGCUCCGGACCCUCAAUGACCGCGAAAUCAGCAUGGAAGACGAGGCCACCACGCUGUUCCGUGCCACCACCCUGGCCAGCACGCUGAUGGAGCAGUACAUGAAGGCCACGGCCACGCCCUUCGUCCACCACGCCCUCAAAGACACCAUCCUCAGGAUCAUGGAGAGCAAGCAGUCCUGCGAGCUGAACCCCUCCAAGCUGGAGAAGAACGAGGAUGUGAGCCUGAACCUGGCACAGCUCCUCAACAUCCUGUCCGAGCUGGUGGAGAAGAUCUUCAUGGCCGCCGAGAUCUUACCACCGACACUGAGGUAUAUCUACGGCUGCUUGCAGAAGUCUGUGCAGCAGAAGUGGCCAACCAACACCACCAUGAGGACCAGAGUAGUCAGUGGCUUUGUGUUCUUACGGCUCAUCUGUCCAGCCAUUCUCAACCCCAGAUUGUUCAACAUUAUCGCUGAUCCUCCCUCCGCCACGGCAGUCAGGACACUCACCCUGGUUGCCAAGUCUGUCCAGAAUCUUGCCAACCUGGUGGAGUUUGGCGCCAAGGAGCCAUACAUGGAGGGAGUGAAUCCGUUUAUCAAGAACAACAAACAUCGAAUGAUCAUGUUCCUGGAUGAGCUGGGUAAUGUCCCAGACCUCCCUGAUGUCACUGAGCACUUUAGAACGGACCUGUCCCGUGACCUGGCUGCCCUGCAUGAGAUCUGUGCCACUCACUCAGACGAGCUCCGCACCCGUAGCAAUGAGCGGGGUGCCCAGCAGCACGUGCUGAAGAAGUUGCUGGCCAUCACUGAGCUCCUGCAGCAAAAGCAGACCCAGUAUGCCAAUUCCAACAGCAGCAGAAACGAAUGUACUAUACUGACUACCAUCCAGGUUAUGUGAAGUGGAUAUCAACAAGAAAACAACACCAACAGGAUUUAGUCAAAUGAACAAUCAGAAAAGAAAGAGGGGGGGAACAAAUCGACAAUGCUGGAGCUGAGAUGUUUACCAGUGACCUCAUAUAUACCAAAACAGCUCCAAAUAUAAUCUUUUGUCCAUCCUAACUUAUUUCGAAUAUACUGUAUGCUUCUCAUUCUGUUGUUAGUGUGCUUAAAAUGAUCCCCUUGAAAUGGUGCAGUUACCCUAUUUGGACCUAAAGAGUUAUUCCUAGAAUAAAUUGUGCAUCCUAACCAAAAGCAGCUUAAAAAUCAAAAACGCUCUGCGCCCUUCCCUUCUUGAUGCUUUUACUUCAACCGCAAAGGGCAUUUCUGUCAGACUUUCAAUUUGUGAAAAUCGGCAAACGCGGAUUCCAGAGAUCUGCAGGAAUCUAUCCAACUUCACGGACAACCUUUGCUUGUCAGCCCAAGUGACCUGAGACAAGGCCAUGAUGAACGCGCCCCAUCAGGGAAACUACACACAGCACCUCCUCCUGAACACAAGCCUUAAUAAAAAGUCUAUCACCACAAACGCGGAUCACGUCCUGGACCAGAAAAGACGUUACCAAGAGUGGGACAUUACCAGAGUACCGACUGUACACUUCAGCUGCUUUGCUUAGCCUCAUAGUUAAUCGUAAACACCUGAGCUUGUAUCCUUGAAAAAAAAAAAAAAAAAAAAAAAAAAACAUUUGUGUUUGAUAGAUGAAAAUAUUUGUAUGGCAACUCAACUUUGUAUAAUCGACAAAGUGUUUUAGCCCUUUGUGCUCCGUGCAUGUGUUUACAUUUGUUACAACUCUUAUGCUGUAUAUGCUAUUCUGAGAGAACCAAGGAUCUUGAAGUUACAGCAGUUCUAAGGUGAACUUCUAGGUUUAAGGUGGUUAGCUUUCUCCUAAUGGUUUACACAUAUCCCUCUCUCGGCUAGAACUGAUCAAGUGUGCUUCGCUUAUAAAACUGAUAGCCAGAAGUGCUCUAUGAAGAAACCUUUGAAAUGUUCUACGAAGAAACCAACAAAGUACUUUUUUUCGGGGAUGAAGAACCCUCUUCUAAGAGUGUAGCCUUGGCAGAUGUUGUAGCUUGGCUUUUGACCAGUUUUUGCACCCUUUCAAUGGACGCUGUCCCAACAAUUAUGUUAAGCCCAAACUCUCAAACAUCCACUGACCGCAAACGCUGCAUAACAUUUACAUUGUUCACCCAACAGGUCUGUCAUAUGCACACUGUUUCCCAAAGUAUUCCAAGGUGUUUGUACAUGAUCUGUCAUCUGAUGUGCAUUGCUGUAGUCACAAAAACCCAAGAAAACCUCAGUGUCCUUCACCACUGUAUGCAAGUUAAGACAGAUCUCCACAGUGAAUCCGUGCCCUGGGUCCUAGUCCCAACACCGACUGAUACUGUACUGAUAAUGUCUCCUUGUUAUAGCAGAGAGCUGAUGUAUUUUUUAUUUUUCUAUUUGAUUAAUAUAACAAAUUUUGCAUCUUAGAUACGUGUUUGGGGCGAAAACAAAACUGACCGACCAGGCUGAAUAAAACUGUUAGUAUUUCUUCAUGAAUCUGAGUUUGGUCCUUCUGUGCCAUGUGAAAAACUGCUUGGUAGUCGGCUAUGUGGUAAAAUGUUAGGGGGAAAAAGAAGUAAAUAGG